GAACUUUCACUUUAACAAGAAGAAGAAGAAGAAGAAAUUUUUUCAAUUACCUAAUACUAGUGGCUCUAAUGCCAUAACAAUCAAGUUAAUUUUAGUGCAUGGUAUGCUAAUAGUCUUAAGUAUUAAAUAUAAACAGAAACAGAAUUCAUUUUCUGAUAUGUGGUUGGAAACAAAAAGCAUGGGAAUUUUUAUCAGGAUGUAGGCAAAAACACACAAUAAAAUAAGGAACAUUGACAAAGGGAACAAGACAUGGAAAUUGUUGUUCACAUACGCAAACAUUGGUGUAUGCUAUAAGGAAACCACAAGAUCUUGAAUAGAUAGCCUGCAUGUGAGACAUAGUACACACUUAGGUGUUAUUAGUAUAGUAGUAGUAGUAGUAUCAGUAUUAGUAUUAGUGUUAUUCUUUACUUUCAAAAUUCAGAAAGGAAUGGGAUGAUCUGAUGUUCAGUCAUGUGUCUUAUCUAAAAUGUGUGCUUUAUAGACAAUCAAGUAAUUUACAUAUGCUUUACCUCUCACACAGGCACAAUGGAGUAAACACACAUAUGUAUUUAGGUUUCUGUGUUUGUUCAUGUGUAUGUCUCCUCCCUCUUCCUGCUCGUCUCUUUUUUGUCUCUAGAGAAUGUGAAAAAUGGGAGAAAGAGGUUCAGAGAGAGAGAGAGAGCAGUUGGAAGUGAUGUCAAUGAACCCUUUGCCUACACACUGAACAUGACAUCAUAACACUUACACUCAGUCUCUGCUGGACACAUUCACAAUUUGAUAUAUGCGGUUUCCUCAAAGACUGUGCUGAGUAGUUCAAACCUUCAUUAAGACAGAAUGGCCUUCAAUACAACUCUUCUUAUGCGCUCUCAGUCGGACGUCUCAACCCACUAUGAGAAAACUACUGUGGAUAUUGAUGCCAUUAUGGAUAAUAUUACCAUUAUCCUCUACACCAUUACCAUUGUCUUUGGCAUAACCGGGAACUCUGUGGUGAUCUGGAUGGCUGGUAUCCGUCUGAAGCCCAACGUCACUAACAUUUGGUUGGUCAAUCUGGCUGUAGCUGACCUGAUCUUCUGCCUGACGCGAGUCACUUCACUCAUCAAAAAACUUUUCUAUGACCACUGGCCUUUUGGGGUCUUUCUCUGCAAGUUCAAUGGCUUCUUCAAGUACGCCAACAUGUUCUGCAGUGUUUUUCUUCUGGCUGUCAUCAGUGUGGAUCGAGCACUCUGCGUCUGGUGCCCACUGUUCACCAGGAAACGACGGACGUUAUGUGCCGCUCGUGUGGUCAGUGUGGGAGUUUGGAUUUUGGCCGUGAUCUUUAGUUCACCAUACUUUGUGUACCGCCAGGUCUACCUUGGUGACAACAACUUGAGCAAGUGCUCACUGGAGGUGAAAGAAGCAUCAAAAGGUGACAACACAGCAAAGAAUGCCUUGUACAGCAUCCGCUUCUUGUGUGGAUUCCUGUUGCCUUUCCUGGUCAUCCUGUGCUGUUACAUUCUAGCUGCUGCUGGGAUACGCAGAACAAGGUUUUCUGGCAAAUCAAGGCCUCUCCGGAUUCUCGCUGCACUGGUCUGUGCCUUUUUUUUUUGCUGGGGACCCUACCACUGCCUACUGCUCGCCAAGAUGGUGGACAAGAAGAGCCAUGUAGUCAAAGUGGGUCUGCCCAUUGCUAAGGGCUUUGCGUAUUUCAACAGCUGCGUGAACCCGCUGCUGUACUUCUGCAUGGGACUGAAUAUUAGGCAAAGCUUCAGACAAAGCCUAUCAGGUAUUUAUCGCAGAGCAUUUAUGGAAGAAGGCCACACUGUGCAGUCCCAGGAAGGCACUGCUGAAGAAAGCUGUAAUUCCAUUCCAAAGUCUACAGGGUUCGUUCGAGAUAGACAUAAGGGCAUUAGUAAAGUUUAAAAGAAUUUUAUUGUAAUGUUACAUUUGUUUUUUUUAGCAUUGGUAGUCUAACUGAUUGAAUCAAAAUGUGACACUGGACCACAAAACCAGUCAUAAGGGUACAUUUUAAAGCUGAAUAAAUUGAUGUAUGGUUUGUUAGGAUAGGACUAUAUUUGGCCAAGAUACAACUAUUUGAAAAUCUGGGUGCAAAAAAAUCUAAAUACUGAGAAAAUCGCCUUUAAAGUUGUCCAAAUGAAGUCUAAGCAAUACAUAUCCACUCACAAAAAUAAUUUUUUGAUAUAUUUACAGUGGGAAAUUUGCAAAAAAAAAUCUGAUCUUUACUUAUAUCCACAAAUAGCACAGACCACAAUUAGGAUAUAUAUGUCCUAAUGAUUUUUGGCAUAAAAGAAAAAUCAAUCAUUUUGACCCAUAUGUAUUGUUGGCAAUUGCUACAAUUAUACCUGUGCAACUUAUGACUGUUUUGUGGUCCAGGAUGACAAAUGUGAAAAAUCAAGAUUUUUUUUUUUUUGCUGACAAUUAUGCUCCAUGAUAUUGUAAAAUAAUCUUUAGAAUUUUAUAAGAGAGAAAAAAAAAAUCAGUAAGAGUAAAAUCAAUCAUGUAUAUAUGAAGUGUGAUCUUGAUAACUAGCUUUCAUAAUUUAAUACUUUUGUAGGGAAAUGCUUUUGUACAUGAUAAACUGUUUACAUUUAGAAACAGUGUUUCACAAAUCUGCUUCUGUGACCUCUUAGUGUUAACACGUAAGCCACUGUUUAGCAGAUAAUAUAUUUCCUCGCUCUAAAGCCUAUGAAUUGUGGUCAGGUUUCCUGAGAAAAUCUCUUGAUUUAGUGUUCGUGAAGUUCACUUCUGCCUUAUGUAUAAAAGUGCAAGAAACAUA